AGCCUGCUGCACCGUGCGCGCACCGUCGCGUGACCGCGCACGCCGGGUUUGGAAACUUUCAGCGGGAACGAGCACGUGCGCGCACACGUAUUCUUUGUGUGGCAAGCGUAGAGAAGCGCCAAAAGAGUGACCAUGGCUGAUGAAAAACCUAAGGAAGCAGUAAAGACUGAAGGUAGUGAACACAUUAACCUGAAGGUAGCAGGCCAGGAUGGAUCCGUUGUGCAAUUCAAGAUUAAAAGACACACAGCGCUCAUCAAACUCAUGAAGGCCUAUUGCGAGAGACAGGGAUUGUCCAUGAGGCAAAUCCGGUUCAGAUUUGAUGGACAGCCAAUAAAUGAGACAGACACACCAUCACAGUUGGAAAUGGAAGACGAAGACACAAUUGAUGUCUUUCAACAACAAACGGGAGGAGUGAUUUAAUCAAGCAGCGCCACAUGUCACCUUUUCCUCUUUUAUCAACAGAAUCAGCUAACCUUGGUACACACAGCAGACGAUUAUUUACAUCUUGUCCCGUUGGGGUUUAAAUGACUCUGCUGUACAAUAUUUUCAAAUCGUGGCCCCGUUACGUCUGUUUCUGUACAUAAAAACCAACCCAGAUCGCUCUACGUUUCGUUUUUUCUUGGUUCUUUCUGUGUUCUACUUAAAUUGGAGUGGUUCUUGAAUGUGAAUUAUUGUGAGUUUUCAGACAGCAGCCGACUGGGUUAAAAGCUUUGCUAGUGUUACACAAAUUAAGUCUAAAAUGUUCACGUUGCUCAAAGAAUGUGGUCACAAGGGGCCAAACCACCUUCUAAAUUGAUCUUUGUGAUAACAUCACAGUGUGUGCUGCACUGUAGCGUUGUCCACUUGCGAUCAGACCACAUAGAACACGUCAAUAGGUUCAGGCUACAGAUCAAUCAAAGAGUGUUGAAAUGGCCUUGAAAUCAUUUGCAGAAAACAAUAGAUGAUAGGCAUUGUAAUGGUGGAAAAAAAUGGCUUUGAGUAUCCAUUUGGCAGAUCAAGGAUCAUAUUUUGGGAAGGGGGAGAAUAUGUUGCCAUCACACAGUCUGUAUUGUACCUGGUGAAAUAAAUCUAUUGUUCUUUUUCCAAAACUAA